GUAAAGACUGUAAAUGUCAAUUCAGAAGGAUUCAAACGCAACUUUUCUGGAGCUCAACCUCCUAUUAUGGUGGAAGAAGAAAAGGACAACUUAUGCUGAUAACAGUGAAAUUGAACGUCGAAUCUUCCAUCUCUGUCAAGGUUUUCAUGUUCCGCUUUUUGAGAAGGAUUUGCAAGUUGAGAAAACUAUCCAGAAUCUUUAUCGGAAUUUCAAAAUCUUUCUGCAAGCAAAGGCAACUCAUGAUAAAGGUAAAAGACAUCCUAGUGCAAUAGAAGAAGGCCUUCCUCCGCAAGUGACAUCUUCACAUAAUAAAUUAUUGGAGCAAUUGGCUAAUAUUGACCAGUUACUGGCUGAUCGUUCUUCUCGUUAUCUUCUAAGUGAAUCAAUGACUGAAUAUGACUGUGAGAUUAUGCCACGUUUGCAUCACAUUCGUAUCAUUGGAGAACGCCUUCUGAAUUUUUACAUUCCACGUCAAUUCACACAUUUAUGGGCAUAUAUAUUAACUGCAUAUCGAACAGCUGCUUUUAUUGAAUCCUGUCCGGCUGAUCAAGAUAUUUUGCAUCAUUAUAAGGAACAAUUAAAUUUGGCAAUUGAUAUGCGAGUGACACUUGAAGCACCAACAAAGACAUUAACCAUUCCUGAAGAUGUUCUUCAAGAUAUACGCCGGCUCAAUAAUGGAAUUCAAACAGGAGAAGGAAGUAGACAAAAUAAUUAGACGAUAAAUAAAAGGCAAUAAGAGUAAAUGAAGACUUAAGAAGGAAAUUACUACAAAUAAAAAUAAUUUUUUGGAAAAAAGGAUUGGGCGAAAAAUUUUAAGGUUUUGAGGGAAAGAAAA